UCUGUCCCGGGAUGAGUUCAGCACCUGUGGCUGUGUGAGUGAAGCUCUUCUCUGCUUUACACAAACACAGUUCCUUGUACAAACCGCAUCCAAAUUCUCUGAACAUGGAUAUAGGAGAAGCGGAGGACGAAAUCCAGUUUCUGCGAACUAGGGAUGAGUUAGUGUUGAGGUGCUGCUCAUCAGGCCCUCAUCAGCAGAAAUUGUGUUUAGCUGCAGAAGGUUUUGGUGAGCGCCUCUGUUUUCUCGAGUCCACCUCCAACUCAAAGAAUGUUCCAGCAGAUCUGUGUGUGUGUGUGUUUGUUCUGGACCAUUGUCUGUCUGUCCGAGCGCUGCAGGAGAUGCUGGCCAAUCGUGAAGAUCUUUGUACAGCGUCACAUGAGGCGGCUGGUCGUCGUACUCUGCUUUAUGGUCAGGCUGUGCUGUUUCGGCAUGCCUAUAGUGACAUGUAUCUUUGCUGUCUGUCUACAUCAGGGCUCUCCUCUGACAAACUGGCUUUCGAUGUCGGUUUGCAGGAGGACACCAAAGGUGAGGUGUGCUGGUGGACGGUUCACCCUGCCUCCAAACAGAGGUCAGAGGGUGAGAAAGUGCGAGUGGGUGAUGACCUCAUCUUAGUUAGUGUUUCCUCAGAGAGAUACCUACAUGUGUCGUGGACUAACGGUGAAGGGAAUGACAGUGGUGUUGGCCGAGUGGAUGCAGCCUUCCAGCAGACGCUGUGGAGUGUGGCCCCUGUUUCCUCUGGGACUGUGAAUACACAGGGUCAUGUGAGAGGAGGUGACACUGUUCGUUUGCUACAUGGACACACAGAUGAGUGUUUGACCAUCCGUGCAGCCAAACACAAAGCAGACCAGCACAGGUCUGUGCAUUUUGAAGGAGGCUUGGUCUCUCUUCAGGCUCGAUCUUUAUGGAGGCUUGAGACAUUACAUGUUGUAUGGAGCGGUAGUCAUAUUCACUGGGGUCAACCGUUUCGUCUGCGUCACCUCACAACUGGAUCAUUCCUGGGACUGAUCCACGAUCAGGGACUACAGCUGGUGGAAAGAGACAGAGCUGAUGUUAAAUGUACAGCUUUCGCCUUUCGAGCCUCAAAGGAGGAGAUCGCUGAGAGUUUAGAUUAUGUUAAGAGGAGAGAUGGCAUGGGCGCACCUGAGAUUAAAUAUGGCGACUCUCUCUGCUUCAUUCAGCAUGUGGACACAGGGCUUUGGCUCACAUAUCAGACCACUGACUCUAAGAGACAGAAGGAAAGCGUGUCGCAGAGACAGGCUGUUCUUCAAGCAGAAGGUCACAUGGAUGAUGGGAUCACUCUGUCCCGCUCUCAGAGGGAGGAGUCAAAAGCUGCGUGUCUCAUUCGAAGCUCAGUCCUUCUCUUCUCACAAUUCAUCAGCGGACUAGAUGAUGUCACCCAGAAAGAAAACAUCACCAAUUUCAAUCUUCCGAUUGAGAUAAUCUGUGUAACCCUCCAAGAUUUGCUUGGUUAUUUUCAUUGUCCUGAAAUGGGGCAAGACCACAAGAUUAGGCAGGGAGACAUUGGAGCACUGAAGAACAGACAAAAUCUCUUUCAAGAUGAGGGUAUAAUCCUCCUGGUGCUGGACUGCAUUGACCACCUGCAUGUGUACAACAGUGCUGCUCAUUUUGCUGAGGCUGUUGGAAAAGAGGCAGGAGAGUGUUGGGAAGGGGUCUUGAAUGCCUUUUAUAAGCUGUUAGCUGCUCUUAUCCGGGGUAAUCGGAAUAAUUGUGCCCAGUUUUCUGGCUCUUUGGACUGGCUGGUCAGCAGGCUGGAGAGGCUAGAGGCUUCCUCUGGAAUAUUGGAAGUGUUACACUGCGUGUUGGUAGAAAGUCCUGAAGCUUUGAAUGUUAUUAAGGAAAGUCACAUAAAAACUAUCAUCUCGCUUCUGGACAAACAUGGAAGAAACCAUAAGAUAUUAGACGUGUUGUGUUCACUCUGUGUGUGUCAUGGGAUGGCUGUCCGCUCUAAUCAGCAUUUGAUUUGUGACACACUGCUGCCUGAAAGGGACCUGCUGCUGCAGACAAGACUGAUUAACCAAGUUUCCAGUGUACGUCCAAACAUCUUUCUGUGUACAAGAGAUGACAGCGCCCAGUACAAAAAGUGGUAUUAUGAGGUUGUAGUUGAGAAAGCGGAGCCGUUUGUGACAGCAGAGCCUACUCAUCUGCGAGUGGGAUGGGCCAGCACUGAAGGGUACCGUCCUUCACCCACUGGGGGUCACGACUGGGGAUCUAACGGUGUUGGAGAUGACCUCUGCUCUUAUGGCUUUGAUGGACUUCAGCUUUGGACAGGAGGUGUAGGUCGCCGAGUUAGCUCACCCAAUCAGCACUUGCUAAGGGAAGAUGAUGUCAUUAGUUGUUGCCUUGACCUCAGUGCAACCUGCAUCUCCUUCCGGGUCAAUGGACAGCCAGUUCAAGGCAUGCUAGAGAACUUCUGUGUGGAUGGACUGCUGUUUCCAGUGGUCAGCUUCUCAGCUGGAGUGCAGGUGCGCAUGCUGUUUGGAGGUCGACAGGGGGAGUUCAGGUUUCUUCCUCCUGCUGGAUUCUCUCCAUGUGCUGAAGCUCUUCUCCCCAAAACACGCUGCAAGCUGGAGCUGUGUCACGAACUCACUCGUAAUCACACUGAAACCCAGCGUGACCUCUUAGGCCCUGUGGUACCUAUUAGCCCAGUGACCUUCACACCCGUUCCUGUGGAUUCCAGCCAGGUUGAAUAUCCUCCACAGCUGGAGCAGAUCAGAGAACGAUUAGCUGAAAAUCUUCAUGAGCUCUGGCUUAUUGACAAAAUAGAGCAGGGCUGGACCUACGGACCUGUUAAAGAUGAAGGUAAAAAAGUACAUUUAUGCCUAGUUGAGUUCUCGAAACUCCCAGAUCAAGAGCGAAUCCACACCCUUCAGUCAUCUGAGGACAUUCUGAGAACUCUUCUGGCUUUUGGGGUUCAUAUUGGACUCUCUGAUGAACAUGCCGAAGAGAAUGUCAAAUAUGUUCGCCUUUCAAAUAAGUAUGAGCUAUGGAAUGGAUAUAAACCAGCCCCUGUGGAUCAGUCCCGGGUUGUGCUAACAGAUGCUCAGGAAGAGCUGGUGGAAUAUCUGGCUGAAAAUGAACACAACAUCUGGGCCAGAGAGCGCAUCAGGCAGGGCUGGAGCUAUGGCCCACAGCAGGAUGUAAAGUUUAAGAGAAGUACCCAACUAGUGCCAUUUUAUCUGCUGGAUGAAAGGUACAAACAGGCUGGUAGAGAUGCCAUGAGAGAUGCACUGGGCACCCUUCUUGGUUUUGGAUACACUGUGGAACCGCUGGAGAAAGAGCAUGCUUCAAGUAGUAGUGUCAAGUCUGUGGGUGCAGAGAGAUUUCGUAUUUUCCGUCUGGAGCAGCUCUUUGCGGUGCAUUCUGGUAAAUGGUACUUUGAGUUUGAGGCUGUAACUGAUGGAGAGAUGAGAGUAGGCUGGGCUCGACCUGGAUGUAAACCUGAUGUGGAUCUCGGGUCAGAUGAUCAGGCCUUCGUGUUUGAUGGCUCCAAGGGGCAGUGGUGGCAUGGUGGGGCAGAGCGAUUGGGUGGCUGCUGGAAGAGAGGGGAUGUUAUUGGAUGUUUGCUGGAUCUGACAACUGACACUAUGAUGAUCACUCUUAAUGGAGAGCAACUGCUAAACAGUCAUGGUUCUGAAUUUGCUGUGAAAGACUUAAUUAAAUCUGAUGGUUUUCUGCCUGUUUGUAGUAUAGGUAUUAAUCAGGUGGGUCGUCUGAAUUUGGGUUGCCAGAUUGAGUCACUGAAAUAUUUUAAUGUUUGUGGCCUACAAGAGGGAUAUCAGCCUUUUGGUCUGAACAUGAGUAAAGAUCUACCACUGUGGAUGAGCUGGAGAGAGCCUUUGUUCAUUCCUAUACAAGAUAACCAUCCUAACAUACAGGUGGUCCGCAUUGAAGGAACCGUCAACAACACCCCAUGUCUAAAAGUAACUAAGAGGGUUUUUGGACAUGAAGAAAGAGGCUCAGGCAGUGUUGGAUUUUACCGUCUCAGUAUGCCGAUAGAGUGUGCGCAGGUUUUCUGCGGUCCUGGUGAUGCUUCUGUGCCUCCCAGCAGUGCUGCGCUCUGUCAUCUCAGAGAUCCAGAGGACGGUGAAGUCGAUUCUGACUUUGAGCUGCUAAUGAAAGCUCACAGAUAUGCAGGAUCCAGAGAUGAACUCAACAAUCACAAAGACCACAGUCAGGAGAAGCCAUCCAGACUCAAACAGAGGUUUAUGCUGAAGAAGAAACAGGAGUUAAACACCAGCCACUCAUCAGCACGUCUUCUGGAGGAAGUUCUAGCUAUUGAGAAAAAUGAAGAAAACCGCCUUGUUCGUUGCACUACGUAUUAUUACUCUGUGAGAAUCCCCUUCAGUCAGGAGCCCUCUUGUGUUUGGGUGGGCUGGGUGACCUCUAAAUUCAGCCACCAUGAUGUGAGCUUUGACCUAGACCGCAUUUGCACCGUUACAGUCACUCUUGGGGAUGAAUGGGGCAAAGUUCAUGAGAGUGUGAAGCGGAGCAGCUGUUACAUGGUUUGUGCAGCAGAGGGCAGUAGUUUAUCCCACAGUCGCAGCAGCAAUGGACUGGAGAUUGGAUGUCUGGUCGACACAGCCACAGGCCUUCUGACAUUCACUGCAAAUGGCAAGGAGAUCACGACAUACUACCAGGUGGAACCAGGCACCAAGCUUUUCCCUGCGGUAUUUGCUAAAGCCACCAGUUCUAAUGUCUUCCAGUUUGAGCUCGGCUGUAUCAAGAAUGUGAUGCCAUUAUCAGCGGGAGUUUUUCGGAGUGAGAGAAGAAAUGCGAAUCCUCAGUGUCCUCCUAGACUGUGUGUUCAGCACCUAACACAUACACGGUGGACUCGAGUACCAGAUCACACACAGUCUGUGGAAAUGAGCCGUCUGGAGGAGAGAUAUGGCUGGAGAGCUCAAUGUUCUCACAUCCAGCAGAUCAUGACUCUGUACAUUCCUGAAGAGAGCAGGUGUGUGGACAUUCUGGAACUCUCCGAAUCACAUGAUCUCCUCAAAUUCCAUAACCACACCCUCCUCCUUUACUCUGCCCUCUCAGCUCAUGGAAACACACACGUAAGCCACGCCCUCUGCAGCCACGUGGACCAGUCACAGCUCUUAUUUGCCUUGCAGUGCUCCAGAAUGCCAGGCCACCUGCGAACCAGCUAUUACAACCUCCUCAUCAACAUCCACCUAGAUGCCCACGCCAGUGCCAGGCAGACCAUGAAUCAUGAAUACAUUGUGCCAAUGACAAACACACAAUCCAUAACCCUCUACAAAAGCAAUGAAAAGGUGGAGAGGUUUCCAGGGAGUGACCGCAGCACUUCGUUAUGGCCCAAAAUGCACUUCACAUCACCUUGCUUCAUCAGGUCUAAUAAUAAAAUUGAUCUGGUGGAUGGAGACGAAGGCAGGGUUUUGUGGAGUAGUUUGCGCCAGGACAGUCCAGAGAUCCCAUUGGAUGUUUUGAAGGCUGUUGUGAUUGCAAUGCUAAAGGAAGCUGUGAUGGUGGUGGGACAGGGUGUGAGGGAUCCCACAGGGGGAAGUGUUGAGCUCCUGCUGGUUCCUCUGCUGAACUUGAUUCACACUCUCCUUCUAAUGGGUGUGUAUCAGGGGGCUGAUUUGGAGGCUGUGUUUAGUCUCAUCCUGCCGGGCGAGUACAUGAGAGCAACACAGAGAACAGAAGAGACAGAUGAGCUUGGAGAAAGUGAUGGAGGUGCAGAGGAAAAAGAGAAAGGAGAUUGGAAAUAUGAUGUGCUUCUUCAGAUGAAGCUGCCAGAAGCUGUCAAGUUACAGGUUUGCCAACUUUUGAAGUACUUGUGUGACUGCCAGGUUCGUCACAGAGUCGAAGCGGUGAUAUCAUUCUCCGGUGACUUUGUAGGUCAUCUUCAAGAGGACCAGCGAUUCCGCUACAAUGAAGUUGUGGAUGCGCUCAACAUGUCUGCUGCUCUCACUGCUCGCAAAACCAAAGAGUUUCGUUCCCCACCUCAGGAACAGAUAAACAUGAUGUUGAGCUUUCGCGAGGACUCUCAGGAAUGUCCUUGCCCAGAGGACAUCCAAGAUCUGAUGUGGGAAUUCCAUCAGGAUCUAAUGAGCCACUGUGGAAUUGAGAUAGAGAGUGGUUCAGAGAAUGAGAAUGAGGAUGACCUGUCAAUCAGAAAUCAUCUCCACGGCCUAGUGGAUAAAAUAAUGCAUUUAAAGAGGAGAAUGUCAGGCCUGCCUGAGGAGAUAGCGAGCAAACCUGUGUCUCUGCAGCAGCUGAUAUCAGAAACCAUGCUGCACUGGGCUCAGGAGGAGACGAUUGAAGACCCAGAUUUGGUGCGCGCUGUUUUCAGUCUGCUGCAUCAACAGUAUGCCGGUCUGCAUGGCCAGAUGUCUGCGCCGCUACAGAAGGCUUACUGUAUCAGCCAGACGUCUGUGGAAGACACUCUUCACCUUCAGUGGGCUCUAGCAUGCAUCCGUUCAUUGCUCAAGGCCAGGAUGGGCAAAGAAGAAGAGGAAUGCAUGAUCAGAGGACUGGGUGACAUCAUGAACAAUAAAGUUUUCUAUCAGCAUCCUAAUUUAAUGAGAGCUCUGGGGAUGCACGAGACUGUCAUGGAGGUGAUGGUGAACGUCCUUGGUGCUAGAGAAUCCAAGGAAAUCAUAUUCCCUAAGAUGGUUGCGCACUGCUGUCGUUUCUUGUGUUAUUUCUGUCGAAUCAGUCGCCAGAACCAGAAGGCCAUGUUUGAUCAUCUCAGCUACCUGCUGGACAAUGGCAAUGUUGGACUUGCAUCUCCCUCGAUGCGAGGAUCGACUCCUCUGGAUGUGGCGGCUGCUUCAGUCAUGGACAACAACGAGCUGGCACUUUCUCUUACAGAGGCGGACCUGGAGAAAGUCGUGCAGUAUUUGGGAGGCUGUGGUUUGCGUAGUUGUGCUCUGCUGGUUUCUAAAGGAUAUCCAGAUAUUGGCUGGAAUCCUGUAGAGGGAGAACGCUACCUGGACUUCCUGCGAUUUGCAGUAUUUUGCAAUGGUGAGAGCGUUGAGGAAAACGCUUACGUGGUGGUUAGGCUUCUGAUUCGCCGACCCGAGUGCUUUGGCCCUGCCCUUCGAGGGGAGGGGGCAAAUGGUCUCCUAGCAACCAUGGAGGAAGCCAUCAGGAUAUCCAACCAGCAAGAUGGAACCACUGCACACAGUUCCAGCAGGACACUUGACACACUCGAUGAAGAUGAUCAUGACGUCAUCCACAUGGGACAUGCCAUAAUGACCUUCUACUCUGCUCUGAUUGAUCUGUUGGGUCGCUGCGCCCCUGAGACGCAUCUCAUAGAAGCAGGGAAAGGUGAGGCCAUUCGAAUCAGGGCCAUCUUGAGGUCUCUUGUUCCCAGAGAGGAUCUGGAAGGAAUCAUCAAUAUUCCAUUCAGUUUACCUGUUGUGAACUCAGAUGAUCUAGUGGUCGAACCGGACAUGUCUCGGAUGUUUUGUCCGGAUCACAAAGCAGCCAUGGUGCUGUUUUUGGACCGGGUUUAUGGAGUUCAGGAUCAGCAGUUCGUGCUGCGUCUACUGAAGUUUGGUUUCCUGACGGAUCUGAAAGCUGCUGUUAACAUGGAUACUACAGGGUUAGGUGGAACAGACAUGGCACUGGCCAUCAAUCGAUACCUAUGUGUGGCCGUUCUGCCGCUGCUGAGUAAAUACUCGUCUCUGCUGUGUGAGUCCUCAUCUUCACGGAGCGGGCCGGUGGACGAGCUGCUGCAGGGUGUCUAUAGCCUCUCUAAAGCCAGCGGACUCACCAAGGCCCAGAGAGAAGCCAUACAGGACUGUCUGCUGGCAGUGUGCGGAAAGCUAAAGCCCUCCAUGGUGCAGCCUCUGUUGCGUAAUCUUGUGUUUGACGUCCCGCAGCUUCCAGAAAACUCCAAAAUGCCACUUAAGCUGUUGACCAAUCAUUAUGAGCAGAGCAGGAAGUACUACUGUCGGAGUUAUGGAUUUGGUGACUUUGGCUCCGCCUCAGAGGAAGAACUUUGUCUGACCAGGAGGCUGUUUUGGGGGAUAUUCAGUGCUCUUGCCAAAAAAUCUUAUGACGCAGACCUGUUCAAACUGGCUCUCGGGUGUCUCAGUGCAGUUGCUGCAGCAAUUCCUCCUGACCACCUUGACCUGAGCUGCACCGGCGGAAGAGAGAGACACUCAGUGAUGGAUUCAGAGAGAGGCUUUUGUCCUCAACCCCUGGACACCUUAAAUGUGACAAUUCCAGAAAGUCUGGAGUUUGUGGUGAACAAAUAUGCUGAACAUACACACGAGAAAUGGUCAAUGGAAAAGUUUGGUAAUGGUUGGGUUCAUGGAGAGCAGCUUUCAGAGAGCUCUAAAGUUCAUCCACUCUUAAAACCUUACAGAGCUUUGUCUGAAAAGGAUAAAGAAUGUUAUCGAGGGGUCAUUAAAGAGACGGUGAAAUGCAUGCUGGUCUUAGGCUGGACCAUUAAGAGGACUAACGAGGGGGAGUCACACGGCAUUCACAACCCAGCUAGGAGGAUCUCACAGUCUGGCAAGCUGUCUUUUGAAGGAGCCUCCACGUUCAGUCCAAAGCCUGUGGACACCAGCAGCGUCACUCUUACCUGGGAUCAGUAUGCUAUGGCGGAGCGGCUGGCUGAGAAUUAUCAUCACAUCUGGGCAGCCAGGAAACUGCAGGAGCUGGAGAGUAAAGGAGGGGGCAGUCAUCCUCUGCUCGUCCCGUAUGAUGCUCUGAGUGUUAAAGACAAGAGUCGAGUCCGAGACAAAGCUCAGGAUGUUCUCAAGUUCUUCCACGUCAAUGGCUACUCAGUGAAGAGGAACAGAGAGGUGGCAGAUGCUGAUUCCCCAGCGAUCGCCAGCCGCUUCGCUUACGGCCUGAUCCAGCAAGCCCUCCGUCUCACUGAACGAGCCCAGGAGAGCGUAAUAGAGCUGGAGGUUGCUCAAGCCCGAGGGCAGAUUAACAAGGCUGAAAGAGUCCCUCACGAACAACAAAUUCACUUCUUCAUUAAGGUUUUAUUGCCACUGCUAGAUCAAUACUUCAAAAAUCACCACCUUUACUUCAUGUCCACUACAAUGUCUUCCCUUAGAGAUGGCUGUCAGUCCACCAGUAAAGAAAAAGAGAUGGUUACUAGUUUAUUCUGUAAACUCGGAAGUCUAGCCAGGCGCAGAAUCUCUAUCUUUGGAAAUGAUGCCCUUGCUUUGGUGAACUGCCUACAAAUCUUGGCACAAUCCCUGGAUGGAAGGAUGCUAAUGAAAACCACCAGUGAAUCUGUCAGAGGGUCAAUAGGGUCAUUUUUUGAAGCUGCAGCAGAGGAUUUGGAGUUAAUGGUGGAAAACGUGACUUUGGACGGCCUGAACCGAGCCCAGAAAAGGGGCGACCCUGAGCUCAUAACAUACACCACCACUGCCCUGAUUCCGGUACUCAGCGCCAUCUUCCAGCACGACUCCCAGAGGCAGAGCGGAGCUGGACUGAUCCUGGAUGAAGUGCAGUCCUGUUGUUACAGAAUCCUCAGCAGUCUAUACAUCCUUGGCACCUGCAGCGGCUCCUUUAUCGAGAGGCAGAGGUCGGUCUUGGGGGAGUGUCUGGCCGCAUUAUCUGCAGCCUUUCCCGUGUGUUUCUUGGAGCUGAGUGACCUUCAUUCUCACUUUGACACUUUGAGUAAUGAAGGUAUAGAAGAGAAAGCCUGUAAGCUCCUCCCCAAUUUGCAUGAGGCUUUCUUAGAGGUGGAGGAGCUGGCAGGGGCGGGGUCUUCGGCUCGCCAUGCUCUUUUAUUGAGAGUCACAGAGGUCACGCUUCCGCUACUGUGCAGUUAUGUGUCUCGAUGGGGUGAAGUUGAUAACCAGGCAUCCCAGGAGGGCCACUGUUCCUCUGUCACACCCCAACACGCUAAUGCACUGCUGGGUUACAUCCUCUCUAUCAUCCACGCUCACCUGGGAACUUCAGACAGUGCUUGGAUGAAACGCCUUGCAGUUUUUGGCCAGCCCAUCAUCAACAAGGCAGAGCCACACCUCCUGAAAAGCCACUUCCUGCCUCUGAUGGAAAAGUUGAGGAAGAGGGCGGAGUCAGUGCUGCUGGAGGAGGAGCACUUGAAGAUGGAGGGGCGUGGCGAUGUCUCAGAGCAGGAGUUAGACAUCCAAGAGAGGUUUACUGUGUUGGUUCAAGACAUCUAUGCGUUUUACCCUUUGCUCAUUCCUUUUAUUGACCUCCACAGAAUGAGUUGGCUGAGAGAGGUAAAUGCAGAUGCUGAGAAGCUUUUCUCCCUUGUGGCUGAAGUGUUCAUUUUCUGGGCUAAAUCUCAUAAUUUCAAAUGGGAAGAACAGAACUUUGUGGUUCAAAAUGAAAUCAACAACAUGGCAUUCCUGGUGAACAGCAGCAAAAGCAGAAUGAACAAGGGAGGAGUGUUCUGCCAGGAGAGGAGGAAGGUGAAGAGGAAAGCCGAUCGUUACUCCACACACACCUCUCUCAUUGUGGCUGCCCCCAAAAAACUCCUUUCUGUAGCCAUGAAUGGAUGUUGCCAUGGCGAUCAGGGCCUGGUCAGCCAUGCCAAAAGCCGUUUUGCUCAGAGGGACACAGAAGAUGAGGUCCGGGCAUACAUUCACAGCAUCCUACAACAGGUGAGCCAGCAGGCAGCCUGUGAAAGUGAUAAUAAUGUCCUGUGAAAAUGCUAUUUGUGUCUCCUUGGAUUCAUAUUUCCUUUUUUUUUUUUUUUUUUUUUUUACCAGGAUCUGUGUGGAAACUCAGUAGAUCCCCUCAGAGUUGAGAGGAUCUUGAGCAUCGCUCGUGUUCUUUUCCACCUCGAUCAGGUGGAGCACCCUCAGAAGAUGAAGAGGCCAGUGUGGUAUAAGAUGUUGUCUAAACAGAGGAAACGCGCUGUAGUUGCCUGCUUAAGAAUGGCUCCUUUGUACAAUCUCCCCAGGCACCGAGCGGUGAACCUCUUCCUGCAGGGUUAUGAGCGAGUCUGGCUGAAGGCUGAGAAUGACUCACCUGAGGACAGGCUAAUUGAAGAUCUGGCUAAAGCAGCUCAUGUAGAGAUCCUGAAAGAGGGAGCAGAGCAGAGAAACAGCAUUGAUCCACUUCAUCAGCUUAUCAAUCUCUUCAGUCAAUGUGCCUUGACUCAGAGAAGUAAACUUGAGGAGGAUGGUCUGUACAUGUGCUAUGCAGAAAUUAUGGCCAAGAGCUGUCAAAGUGAGGAAGAGCAGGAUGAAGAUGGCCUGAAAUCAUUUGAGGAAAAAGAGAUGGAAAAACAGAGGCUGCUGUAUCAGCAGGCUAGACUUCAUGAUCGUGGAGCUGCAGAGAUGAUCUUACAGAAGCUCAGCGCGAGCAGAGGUGAUAUGGGGCCUAUGGUAGCAGCCACAUUGAAGCUGGGCAUUGCAAUCCUGAAUGGAGGAAACACGUCAGUCCAGCAGAAAAUGCUGGGUUACCUGCGGCGGAAGAAAGACGUGGGCUUCUUUCACAGUCUGGCUGGCCUAAUGCAGUCUUGCAGUGUGCUGGAUUUGAACGCGUUUGAGAGGCAGAUCAAAGCUGAGAGUUUAGGAGUGGGUGCGGAGGACAAUUCAGGUGAAAAAGUAAUGGCAGAUGAACAGCUGACCUGUGAUCUUUUCCGAUUCCUCCAGCUUCUAUGUGAAGGCCAUAAUUCUGAUUUCCAGAAUUACCUGAGGACUCAAACUGGAAAUAACACAACGGUCAACAUCAUCAUCUCCACUGUGGAUUAUCUGCUCAGGGUCCAGGAGUCCAUCAGCGAUUUCUACUGGUAUUAUUCAGGGAAGGAUGUGAUUGAUGAGCGUGGUCAGCACAACUUCUCCAAAGCCAUCACCGUGGCCAAGCAGGUGUUCAACACGCUCACCGAAUACAUUCAGGGUCCGUGCACAGGGAACCAGCAGAGUUUGGCUCAUAGUCGUCUAUGGGAUGCUGUAGUCGGUUUUCUUCAUGUGUUUGCCCAUAUGCAGAUGAAGCUUUCUCGGGAUUCCAGCCAAAUAGAGCUGCUGAAGGCUUUGAUGGACUUACAGAAAGACAUGGUGGUAAUGCUGCUUUCCAUGCUUGAAGGAAACGUGGUUAAUGGAACCAUUGGCAAACAGAUGGUAGACAUGCUGGUGGAAUCAUCCAGCAAUGUGGAGAUGAUCCUCAAGUUCUUCGACAUGUUCCUUAAACUCAAAGACCUCACGUCGUCAGAAGCCUUCCAUGAAUAUGACCCAGACAGCAAAGGACUCAUUUCCAAGAAGGACUUCCAGCGAGCCAUGGAAGUGUUCAAGCGCUACUCUCAAUCUGAGAUUGAAUUCCUGUUAUCCUGUGCGGAGAUGGCAGAAAGUGAGCUGCUGGAUUACCCAGACUUUGUGACACGUUUUCACGAACCGGCUAAAGAAAUUGGCUUCAACAUGGCCGUUCUUCUGACCAACCUGUCUGAGCACAUGCCCAAUGAUGCCCGCUUGCAAAAUUUCCUGGAACUAGCAGAUAGUGUGCUUAAGUAUUUCCAUCCUCAUCUUGGAAGGAUCGAAAUCCUCGGCAGCGGGAAACGGAUCGAAAGGGUCUACUUUGAGAUCAGCGAAUCCAGCCGCACACAGUGGGAGAAACCGCAGGUGAAGGAGAGCAAACGACAGUUUAUUUUUGAUGUCGUGAAUAAAGGAGGCGAGAAGGAAAAGAUGGAGCUGUUUGUCAACUUUUGUGAAGACACCAUUUUUGAAAUGCAGCUUGCUGCACAAAUAUCUGGUACAGAGAGCGGAGAAGAACUAAAAGCAAAGAAAGGCAAGGAAGAGAAAGAGGUGGAGAAGACAGAAACUCUUCCUGAAGACAAAAGGAUGACCAGAGACUUGAAUUGUUUCUCUGUAAGGAACAUCAGAAAACACAUUAGGAGAAUAUCUAUGAAGAGCAUAAUAUCAGUCAUCUUCUCUUUAUUCUACAACGUUCUGCUUUUCAUCACUCAUGCCUUUUUGGGCUUGCUCUGGUUCUGCCUUUAUCUGCUCUACCACAUCUUCUUGAGUGGAUGGAUUAUUGACGUAGCUAAAGAGAUGAAAUUGACCGACCUUUUUGGUGACCUUCGGGAUCCGACCAUGGUUGAGGCUAUAGGAGUGCAAGAUGCAUUCAGGGAGAAUGACAAUCAGGCACGUGUGUUUUCAUCUCGUGGUAAUCUCAGAGGCAUGAGUCUGGAUCUGUCUGCCGUAUCCAGGGACCCACAGCUCCUCACAGAUAUUUUCGGCUUAUGUCUGAAGAGGCAAGGAGGAAAGUACACAUUAUCGAGUGGAGACCAUAGUGCCAGUCUGGAUGAAUUUCUAAACACCUCCAAAUAUCAGGUUGAAAUCCGUGAGGAGGAUUUUCAUGCAGUGCAAGAUGAGGAGGAGGAUACAGAGACUAAGAAAGCUUUUUGCAGUGAUGAGGAUAAACAUAACAAGGAAAAGAAGGCGAAGAGGAGAAUCCGAAAGCUCAGCUCUUCAAAUCCAGAUGAAACUGAAAUCCAGGAAUGGGCUGUUUGGAAAAUGAUCAGCUCCCAGAAGACCAAGCUUCUGAACUGCUUUGCAAGAAAUUUCUACAACAUGAGGUUGUUGGCUCUCUUUCUCGCUUUUGCCAUUAAUUUCAUUCUUCUGUUUUACAAGGUUUCAUCAACCACUGAUGAUGUGGAGAUCGCUUUUCAUGACGAGAGCACCAAGAGUUCACAGGAAGUUUAUUUUGAACUAGAAGAGAACAGUGGCUACAUGAAAAUGAUUCUUCACUGCCUGGCUGUUCUGCACACAAUCAUCUCUCUUUGCUGUAUCAUCGGCUACUACUGUCUGAAGGUUCCUUUAGUCAUUUUUAAGCGAGAGAAGGAGCUGGCUCGUAAACUGGAGUUCGAUGGACUCUACAUCACAGAGCAACCUUCUGAAGAUGACAUUAAAGGCCAGUGGGACAGAAUGGUCAUCAAUACACCAUCAUACCCAAGUAAUUACUGGGAUAAAUUUGUGAAAAGAAAGGUGAUGGCGAAAUACGGGGAGCUGUAUGGAUCAGCACGCGUCAGUGAGCUGCUGGGUUUGGAUAAAGCUGCUCUUGACUUCAGCUCAGGGGCUCAGGAGAGGAAAAGACCCAUGCAAAAGGGCAUCCUCUUCAGAUUAAACACCACUGAUGUGAAGUACCACAUGUGGAAGCUGGGAGUGGUUUUCACAGACAAUUCGUUCCUUUACCUGGCCUGGUAUAUGUUUGUGUCAGUUCUGGGUCAUUAUAAUAAUUUUUUCUUCGCCGCUCACCUGCUCGACAUCGCCAUGGGCUUCAAAACACUGCGCACCAUAUUGUCAUCUGUCACACAUAAUGGCAAACAGUUGGUUUUGACGGUGGGACUGUUGGCUGUAGUUGUGUAUCUUUAUACUGUGGUUGCCUUUAACUUCUUCCGCAAAUUUUACAACAAAAGUGAAGACGGUGAACCAAUGGACAUGAAAUGUGAUGAUAUGCUCACUUGUUACAUGUUCCACAUGUACGUUGGCGUACGAGCCGGAGGGGGAAUCGGAGAUGAAAUCGAAGACCCAGCAGGAGACGAGUUUGAGUUCUAUCGCAUCAUCUUCGACAUCACUUUCUUCUUCUUUGUCAUCGUCAUCCUGCUUGCCAUCAUCCAGGGUCUUAUUAUUGAUGCAUUUGGCGAACUGAGAGACCAGCAGGAGCAGGUUAAAGAGGACAUGGAGACUAAGUGUUUUAUCUGUGGCAUUGGAAACGAAUACUUUGAUACAGUACCCCAUGGUUUUGAGUCACACACACUGCAAGAACACAACCUGGCAAAUUACCUGUUCUUCCUGAUGUACCUCAUCAAUAAGGAUGUUACAGAACACACUGGACAGGAAUCAUACGUGUGGAAGAUGUUUCAGGAACGCUGCUGGGAGUUUUUUCCUGUUGGAGAUUGCUUCCGGAAACAAUACGAGGAUCAGCUCAGCUGAAGAAUACCAGUUCAGUUUGUAUAGUUCAGCUGGAAAAUACAGCACUUAUGAAUUAUGCCUGGGACUUUCCUCUGAUAAGAAGAUGACAUAUUAUCACUAUUAUUUUUUGUGCUUGUUUGGUAUAUGUUAUAUAUCUAACACUACAUUUUUUUAUUCUUAUUUUAAUAUAUGUUUGAAGUAUAACAUAGACUGCAAUUUAAUGUCACUUUAGAAUAAAUGCAAGAAGAAUUUAUUAAAGUCA